GACGUCCUCCCUCUCUCUCUCUCUGUUUUCCCUCCCUCUAUCUCUAUCUCUCUCUAUCGUGGUGUUUACAGCCCAGCAGAGCUGCAUUUCUCACAUUUCAUUCUCAAACUCCAGCCGGUCCUGUUCUCAUCUGAAAGAGAAGAGAAGAGAAGACAAGAGAAGAGAAGAGAAGAGAAGAGAAGAGAAGAAGGUUCUGGUAGUUCUUGUCUCAUCAGGACUGACCUGACUCUCCAGACCUGGUCUCCUCUAGACUCCCUGACCUCUCUCCAGCUCUUCAUCCAGCCGAUCAAGAUCUAGUCCACCAGCCGCCUCCAUGGAGCGCGUCCAGCACAUGACCAAGUCGGCCAUCCGCCGGGCGUCUCAGAUCGAGGUGAACCCUCAGGCCAAGAGGAACCUGCAGGAGCUCUUCGUCAACUUCACCCUCAUCCUCAUCUGCCUGCUCCUGAUCUACAUCAUCGUCCUGCUGAGCAGCUGAGCAGCAGCAGAGCGACAUGUAGAGAGAGUUUGGCCAACCUGAGGGUUCUGCUGAUGCAUGGAGGAAGCACUGAUAUCAUCCCCAUGUAUCAGAAGAACCAAGGAGAGAACGGCCAAACUCUCUCUCAGAGCUCCGGGGAGAUGUUUCUACCAGGCUGAUUGGGGAUCAGCUCCACAGGGAAUGAUCAGAAGUGACCCGACUACACCAGUUUAACUCCUGCAUGUACAUCUGCUGCUCGUUCAGAUUACCACCAACAAAGCUCUCCGUUAGGCUGAUUUACACAACUUAAAUAUUAAUACAUCACUGCUGUUUGACUUCCAUUUCCCAUGAGCCCUGCUGCUUCCUGCAGAAACAUAAACACGCUGAAAAUGAUUUUUUCCAUGAGUAUUUUUACUUCUUUCUUGGUCCGCCGCAGCCAGAAACCACAGUCGAACCGCAAUAAAAUGUUUUGAACUUCGGCUUUCUUGAAAUGCUGCUACCUCGGUGGUUAACGGAGUCUAGAAAUAUAAAUUAGCAAAAAAAAGGACACAAGAAAGCAGCAAACACUGUGGCAGUGAUAACACAUGAGGCCCCGAAAGAACCAUCUCUGCCUUAAACAUUCUCUAAACUAGAAUUUAGAGAAGAUCAGCAUCAGUGGAUGAUCUCUGGAACAGUUCAGCCUAAAGUUCUGCUACAUGUGCCUCUAAAACCAAGUGUCCAGUAACUUACACUGAUUAGAAAGAAAGUUUUAAAUGGGAGAAAGCUGCAAAUCGAUUAAAAAAAAAAAAGGAUUCUGUCGCCUCCUAGUGGCUAAAUCACAAAAGACACCAUAGAGGGUUAUUUAUUAUAAGUUAAAUAGGACACAAAUACUAUUAUUUAUACACCACUUUAGGAUUUGACCCGCCUGUUUGAACUAAUUACUACCGAAUAAGUCGACUGCAGCAUUUCAUCAGCGCUUUUCUUGGAUUUAUUCUCGUUUAUCAUGAUACUUAAACUCAUUACUACUGUAGACCUCUAUACAGGAUGUGAAGUAUAGACUGAAGGUGUUUCGGUUCAGCCUUAGAAUAAACUCUGUAAGAUUUGCUUCAUUUCGUCCUUCAGUGUUUGAGAGUGUUGAGUGCAAACAGAAACUGCAUGCUGUGAUUUCACAUAACGGUCAUAUAAGUUUAGUUAUUAGAAAUCCAGGCUCACGUUUAUUUUUUGUCUUUUUCUCAGUUUUGACUGAAAUACUGAACAUGAAUUGUAGCACUGAGACACUUCAACAAACAACUGUGUAACUAGAAAAUGACAUUUUUUACAUCUUGCCAGCCACAUUUUACUGCACUGCCCUGUAUUUCCUAUGAGUGAAAAUGUGAAAAUAGAAACAACACGUGAUAAAGAAAUGUUUGAAAAGCUGUACCACCUGAUGUUUAAACUGUGGAACACCAAAUAAACUGCAUGUCGAUACCUUUAAA